AUGGCUCCGGGAUUGGCAGGUCUGGAGAUAGUUCCAUUCCGUGUAGCUGCUUACAAUAAAGCUCGGGGAGAAAUGGAAUUGUUCGAUCCAACUCGAGCCGAUGAAUUCAUCUUUAUUUCUGGCACAAAGAUGAGAGCACUGGCGAAGGCGGGAGAACAACCGCCCGAUGGUUUCAUGUCACCCUCCGCUUGGAAAGUUCUGGCGGAAUUCUACGCCAGUCAACAGCAGCAACAACCACACAAAUCAGGAGAUAAUAUGACUACUGGCUAA